AUGCACCGCCACCCAGCGGCGCGCAAGACCUUUAAGAACUCGUUUAGGAGGUCGGAUUGUGUCACCGACACCAGGGGGGGUAAGGUAUCGCAUGAUCAAAAUAAUGUCGCGUCCACCGACGCGGAAAGCAAACCGAAGCAGCAGUACGAGAAAAGACAAGAUGUGCGGAGGACGGCGGAUGAGAAGAAACCCAACACGUCAGAUCCGCGACCAAACGUGCAUAAACGAAACACGACCGACGUACCUUCGUUCUCCAUCUACACAUCCCCGUCCCCGUCGCUCACCCUCCCCCGCCUCCUCUCCUCCCCGAACCCCUCUUGCGUCCCAACCCUCCUCGGCGCGAACCCCGGCGAGUCCCACAACCUCCUCCCACCUCCCCCACCCAACCCCCCGACCCUCGGCGCCCGCGUGAUCGGCGUGUCGUCGUAUCCCCCCGAGUAUAUGCUCCUCGAGUGCGCCCCCGCCCCCGGCGUCGUCUCGUACGCGUGCUGCCCAUCGUUCCAGUUCAGCCUCCUCGGCCCUACGCUUCCCCCCGCCCCGAACCUCGCCGCCAGCGUCGGAGUCGGCGUAGGUGUCGCCCCGCCCCGCCCCGCCCAGAGCCCCACACCCCCCUUCGGGGUCGACAGCCCAAGCGUCGGCGGCGGGCCCCCGCUGAACUUGAUCCCGCGCGACGGCGUCGUCGUCGGGUCGAACGGCGUGUCCGGGUCGAACCCGUCCCGGUCGAAUGCGAGCGC